AUGAAGCUGGUUCUACUUUGCCUUUUUGCAGUCUGCUGCUAUUCUUUGGCCCAGACAACAACAACAACAAAUGGGCCCAACACAUCACUCCAGAAGAGAAAAUUGGAAGAAGCUCUAAGGCAGUUGAAUGAGGUGAAACGAAGGCAGCAGCACUAUGAGGAGAUGCUGAAUGCCCCAGAGAAUAUUGAGGACUGCUGCUGUCUGUCAGCCCUGCAGUGCUUUAAGGCUAACAUGCAGGUGCAUUUCAACGUUACAGAAGGAAAAGAAAAAAAACUUUACAACAGCCUCAAGAAUCACCUAACUGUGAGAAGCCUGGACUUUUGUAAUUCAGGAAAUGACACGCCCACAUGCCAAAACUGCUACCUACAUCCUAAAGUAAAAGCCCAGGAAUUUUUCAACCGACUGGAGUCUCUUAUUCAACGGGGCAUAACCAAGUUGAACAACUGAGAAGAAAGGAGGAUCUAGUUGUGACCAAAGACUGAAUGUAGAGAAGACACUACGCUGAAAAAAUGCUAAACAUGGCAAAGUCUAUAUUUUCUAGCCUUCUAAAUAUUUAACUUAUUUAAUAUUUAUUUACGUAGUGGUGGUGAACCCACUCAAGCUAUGAAGAAUGUAUUUUCAGGAAAACUGAUCUGUCGCCACCCAGUGGACAGACUUGGCAGUUUUGAUUUCUUUUCUCUUUUUCACUGAAUGUGAAAGUUAAUUUAUUUAUAAAUUGUAGUUCUUAAAGAAUAUUAAGUAUGUUAAGACAUUUAUAUCAUGUAUGA